UAAAUUUGAGGGUUUCCAUUUGAUUAAAACAAACACCAUCGAGGACGAAGAGUAUGUUCUCUCUCUACUCUCUCUCCCUCCACAGCUCUUCCUCUCUCUGCUUCUUCAAUUCGAGCCCUAGAAGUUUCUCUAGGGUUUCGAGAACCAUCAGAGCUUGUUCUGGUUCGGCCGUAGCGUCAGAUUCCGAUGAAUCUCAAGAAGUUCUCUCCGGCCGGAGGAGAUCCAAUUACGCUGGCGUUCGAUUGUUCGAGACCGUCGAUAUCAAAUCCGGGAAGCUCAGGCUCGAUUCUUGGAUUUCUUCUCGAAUCUCCGGCGUUAGUAGAGCUCGCGUGCAGUCCAGCAUUCGAACUGGACUUGUUAGCGUUAAUGGCCGAGUAAUCGACAAGGUUUCACACACGGUCAGAGACGGGGAUGAAGUUAAGUGCACUAUAUCGGAGUUAAUACCUUUAAAGGCUGAACCAGAAGAUAUACCUUUGGAUGUUGUUUAUGAAGAUGAUCAUGUGCUAGUUGUGAACAAACCGGCACACAUGGUUGUUCAUCCGGCGCCUGGUAAUGCAACUGGGACUCUUGUGAAUGGCGUUCUUCACCAUUGCAGUCUUUCCACAUAUGCAUUUCCUAACCGGGAAGAAAUCUCUGAGAUAGAAGACGAUUCUGAUGAUGAGUUCAGUUGCUUUUCUUCUAGUCAAAAUUUCAAUGAAGAUGUAAGUUCUGACAUAUUUGCAGCAUCUGUUCGCCCAGGAAUUGUCCAUAGAUUAGAUAAAGGCACCAGUGGAUUGCUUGUUGUUGCAAAGGAUGAGCAUUCUCAUGCUCACUUAUCUGAACAAUUCAAGCAACAUACAAUCCAGAGAGUAUACAUCAGUCUUACCUGUGGACUGCCUUCCCCAAUUUCAGGACGUGUUGAUAUUCCAAUAGGUCGCGAUUUGAAUAAUCGGAUUCGUAUGACUGCUGUUUCUGGGGCAAGUAAAUGUAGGCAGGCACGUCGUGCUGCUAGUAGGUACAAAGUAAUGGAAAUACUUGCUGGUGGUGGUUCUGCACUGGUAGAGUGGCGAUUAGAAACUGGGCGCACUCAUCAGAUCCGUGCACAUGCAAAGUACUUGGGAAUUCCUCUAUUAGGGGAUGAGGUGUAUGGAGGCACUAAAAGUAUGGCCGUGUCAAUGCUUCGGCCUAGGACCCCACCUAACUUUCAUGGGCAACUAAUGCAACUGGUUUCUAGAUUAGAAAGGCCUUGCCUCCAUGCUUUGGCUCUUGGGUUUAGGCAUCCACAAACUGGGGAGAACAUAAAUUUCUCUUGCCGGCCACCUGCUGAUUUUGCUGAGAUUUUGAGACAGCUCCGUAAAAUUAGCACAGAGAAGGUUAACUAAGUACAUCCAUUUGACAGACAUUACUAGGGAGCAAUGCUAGUUUAAGCGUCGGCUUUUUCACAUGAUCGCAAUUAUCUUUUUUGACUGAUUUGAGCUUAUCAAGAAGAGAAAUAGAUCUGCCUUAAAAUUAUGACUUGACUGGACUAUCACACGAUUGGAGAGUUAGCAUCACAUGUGCGAACAAUGGUUAAACUCUCUCCCAAGGCUGCCUCCACAAAAAACCUUCUGGAAGGCUUGUUGGAGGUGUAAAUUUACAUACUCUGAUUUCCAUGUCAUCAAGUUGGAAACCUGUAACCAGAUACUAUAUGGUGGUAUGUAAAUUUAAAUUAUUUGAAGUUUACUACACAGUUGUGAUGGUAUGUAGCCCGCAUUAUUAGUUGAAAGAUAAUGGAAAAAUGUAAAUGGUGCAUAAUUCAUUACACCAAAUGUUUUAUCUUA